GAUAUUAGAGUGUGCGUGGGAAACUUGAAGUACGGCCGCAACUUGAGGUGCGGGUACAUACGCGAACGUGAUGCCUUCUGCACAACAAUCGAACGAGCCGCUUUUUGCACAACCUGCACAACUAUGCAAAAGUACAAUUUUUUCCAGCGCCUGGGGUAUAAAUGCCAGGGACCUCGGGCGGCUGCCCCGGCCCUCUGUUCCAUAUUUGCGCUGCCGACCCUCCCGACCAGCGCAGAGUGGACGGCCGGCAAGAGCACCCCGAGAACGGCCAAGGCAAACGGAAGAGAAGCAGGAUGUUCGCUACGGUUGCAGGCUGUUUCAAACCUGCGGAGCGACCAGACGACAAAGAAGAGAGAGGUGUCAAAGAGAGCCUCGAUUUCAAGAUCGACUAUGCCCAACCAGCUCCCGAAAAAAUCGAUCAGAUGAUGAUCGAAAAGUCUGAGACGAUUGUGAAUGUGGCACACAAAGGACAGACCCAUCUGGACGCCGUUCUUAUGAGUCUGGAAACGGCCAAUGCAAUCGCUGACUCCAUCAAAGAAUCUCCGAUCGCCGACUUUCUCAAAGGGGUAGCGGGCGCUUUGGAUACCCUUGGCAACCUGCACGGAAGCGUUAAGGUCCUUGCUGGGGUUCUAAGCUUCGCAUUGAAGGCUGCUACGGCAUUCGACAAAUUCGUUGUCGCCGCUGCUUCGCUCUACAACACAAUGGAAGAGACGUUCCGCUGCGUAUUUUCGGUAACAUGUAGCACCAAGCUCAUUGAAGCCACCCCGCAGGAUGAUGCGGAGUCCAAAACUGUUACCAACAUGAAGGAUGUCAGCCACCGACUUACCCAAGACGAGACAGUGCAUAAGGCGGUAACCGACAUGCAAGUGUUCGUCGCCGAGUUCGUCCAAAACUUGAAUGAGCGAAUCAAGACUUCGGCUACUGGCAGAAUCGGAAUGACCGGCCAGAACGCGAAAUGGAUGGAUGCCCAAGCAGAAACCUUCAAUGAGAAAAAGAAAGCGUUCCUCACCACCCUCGCCACCGGCUCCUAUCUAAGCCUGCAGUACAUCAUGAGACAGAGUGACGAGAUUCUGACCAUUGCCAAGAAGAUACCAGAAAAAUUGAGUGACAUUCAUGGGGAAGUCGUGGACACCAAGGAGCAAGUGAAAGUGAUUCGGAAGCACAUGGAGGACCUGAAUGAGAACCUGACGUUCAGAGCGGACCCAGAGGUCGUUGUUGCUCAUUUUCGCGGGCUUAUGAAUGGGGACACCAAAGCGGCUCGGAAGGGAGUUGCUGUCGUGCGCGGCAAGCUGAAACAAAACCCAUUGGACCUUAUGGUUAUGUGAGAAUGUCAGCGCUUUCUAAUGAAGCAACCGAAACUCUUUGAGUUCAAAGACAUCCACGGGCGUUGCGUCUUGUGGUGGGCGGCCAAGCAUGCUCUCCCGGAAACCGUUCGGCUUG